ACAGUUAGUAUGCUCAAUAACUGAGGUUGGCAGUGUGGCGAGUCGUAUGGCUUAUAGGGUAUUGAGCAACACGUGAUUAGGAGCCAAUACAUUAUCUUUGACAUUUGUGCUAUGGCAUUCAGAAGAUUAGCAUUGCGAAUGCUGGCAGCCAAAGGGCUUGUCACUAAUAGACUUCAUCCAGAUGUGAUCACAAGAUUGCCAAAUUGCAAAACAAUAGUGGGUAGUUUAAGGUUGUCAUCAUUUCAGUUGAAGGUGUAUGGCAAACAAAGCUGGAGAAAUAAUGAUGGGUCACAUUAUGUUAUGCCUGUGCUGACUUCAGCAGUGGUUGCUGCUGCCAGUGCAAAGCAGGAUGAAGACAGUGAAUUGGUUCAUUCUAUGAAGCUUGCUGUGCUCUCCAUCCAGAAAGGUGAACUUGAAAAAGCAGAGAAAAUCCUUCACCUUUCCCUGCGGGUGGCUCAGGAACAGUCAAACGCAGCUGCUGUGACCUACAUCUACGACCUGCUCGCCAACAUCGCCUUCAAGCAGGAAAACUUUAAGAAAGCUGAGAGACUUCUUUUGGAGUUGUCGCGACGGCUAGCCGCCUCCUCCACUGACGACAACGCCUUCGUCGAAGUCAGCCUGAAGCUGGCCAGCGUGUACGCCUCCACAGGCGACGGUGAGCGCGCCGAGCACGGCUUCCGCUACUGCAUCGACACGCAGCAGCGCAAGAUCGACGCCGUCGGCGAGCAGCACUGCGACCCGGACACGCUCGGCCUCUGGGGCAUGGCCGUUGACUGGUACGCGCGCUUUCUGACGUCGCGCGGCCAGUACAGCCGCGCGCGCGAGCUGACGGAGCGCGCGCUGGCCGUGUGCGUGCGCCUGAGUGGCGAGUCGGGCGAGCAGUCGGUGGUGCUGCUCAACGACCUUGGCACGCUCGACUCGCUCUGCGAGGACUACGAGCGCGCGGCCGAGCGGCUGAGCCGGGCCGUCCAGCUGGCUACGGAGCGCGGCCUGCCCGACCUGGCAGCGUUCCACGUGAACCUGGGCGUGGUGCAGCUGCAGCAGGGGCUGCUGCGCGAGGCGGAGCGGUCGUGCGCCACCGGAAGACGACUGGCCCAGCGCCAGGGCGACGACCACACCCUAGAUAUGGCCAGCAAGUGUCUGACCAAGGUCAAGGCUCUAUUGUAGUGCGGCCUGAGUAGCUCAUGUUGUUGUUACGUCUUACACAGACAAGCUUGCGUGUUUGUCUCUUAACGCGGAUUGUCGCCACGGUGUGCAAUGUGAUACUGGUGCUAGCGUUCACAAAAUACACUUGUAUUGCCCCUGUC